AUGUCACUGCCGAUGAUUACCCUUCUUGCCACGCAGCUGGUACGUUCCCCUGCCAUAAGAUCGCAGGCCUUCUGCACCGCACCUUUCUGCAAGUCAUGGCUCUCUAAACUACUGUAUCCGCCCGCAAGCAAGCCCGGGGCAUCCAGUUACCGCGAGGCCAACAGCAACGGACCUAACCAGUGUUUUUUGCCAGUUCGCACAAAUGGGGAACUCAACGAGGUGUUAAUGUUCAGCAACCGUGUUCCGUUGAUACUCAAUUUCACAUUCCGCGGGCUCCCGCAAGCAGAUGCAUUAACGGGCGCGCUCAAUCGAAUAGUCUUACUGGAGACUGAAAAGCGUGUUAACGUCGCAGACAUUGAAACGGAUUUCCUCGAAACGAAAGAAGCCAUGCUUCGUUUCGGAGUCAAGCAAAUACCCACUUUGGUCUCGGUUAGGAAGACCUUCCCCGAAGACCAUUAUACUCUAUCAGAAUAUGGGUCAGGCGAGGUCGACUGGGCAUCGCUUAAAGCAUGGGUAGAAAAGAACGCAGACGACGCAUAA